GUAACAGAGAUUUAAGUCUGAAAUUUGAAGUUCCAUCACUGGAUUGUUCUAGAAAGUCUGCCUCCACUAAUCAGGAUGAGAACUCCGCCGUCGUUAUUCCCAAAUGGAAACGGAUACAGAUGGUCCCCCAUCCUGCAGCUCCGGAUCACGUUCCUCCCAUGAGAGAUGCUGAAAAUGGAAUGACUCCUGCAGCUAUAUGUACCCCGGCUACAAGAGAGCGGGAGUCUCUCUGCAUGGAAAUUGCAGAUUCACAGGAAGUCACAAAUCAAACAUAUCCUGCACAAUGGAACAUUAACCAACAAAACAAACACAGUGAUCAAAGUUCUGGAGUUUUGACAGAUACUGUCAGGGUUGGGGGGGCCUCACCUUUGGUGGCUUCCUACCUGGGAGGUGCUGGAACUCUUAAUUUUGCAGGGUUGAAAGGGACAGGUGGGCAAGGUGAUCUCAUUCCUACACAAAAUGACAGACAGAAACAGCAAUCUAUGGAUGUCACAUUACACAGUACUACUCCUGGCUCUACUGGUAUGAUUCCAGAGAAGAACUCGGAAAACUAUUUGGCGUCUGAUCCUGACUUAUGGAAUAAAACCAAAUGGGACAGGUCAGCUCAGAGUGCAAGAGGUGAGAAUUUCACAAGUGCUUCUGAAUUUCAGAAGCUGGGCACCGCUCCAGCACACGACUCAGGAACGGGGAAGAAAAAGAGGAAAUGGGUCAAUGGCAAAACACUGCGAUGGGCCCAGAAAAUACGACAAAGCUGGAAGGAAAGACAAGUCAGACGAGAGCAGGGAGCGAGCAGCGAAGUAAGGGAAGAAAAAUCAGGCAAUCAGACGGUGCAGAAUGUAAAACAUCCAGAUCAGGACUCAAGCAGAACUGACACUUCCAAUGACAUGAGAAGGGAGGAGACUAUCUGUCAGAAAGAUCUUAGCGGAGAGGUUAACAUAUCCAUUCCCAGCCAGGAGCCGGCAGCUUUUGGGAGGGAGUUAAAUGACUUUCAGUUCAACUUUAGCCCCAUAAACUUGGCGGAUGAAAUCUUCACAAGCGAGCACUGGUCCAAAUUCUCGUCCCACGAAAAAAGACUGAGUUCCAUGAAAGCUCCAAGUCCAUCUGACCCAAAGGUGCCAUCCUGGAUUCAGGAGGAUGUUCACAAUGGUGAAAUGAAGACCGAAAAGCAAGCAGACCAAUCAGGGUUCAGAACACAUGAUGGCAGUCUAAUAGGAAAGAGCAGCACUCAGGAAAAUACUUUUGAGGUUUCACCACUUGUUGUGCCAGUCAGUGGUGGGAAUGCAAAUGAGGUAAACAAGGCUAUGUCUGAAGUCUGGAAUUCAGCUCCAUCAUGCUUUGAACAAGACCAUGAAGAAUCAAAGGAGGCCAUACCAAGGAACCUUUCCUUUGAUGUCUUACCGCCAGUCAAAGUCCUGGAUAAUUCUGCCCUGAUGAGCCGGGUCUAUCUCAACCGGAAGAGGCUGCACCUCACACGAGAACAAAGCAUCAGUAAUGAAGGGGAGCAGCACCUGGUGUUCAGGGACUCCACAGGGUCGCCACAUGAAGGUUCCACAUCAGAGAUGCAGACAGUGGAGUCGCAGGAUCAGGACUCUGAUGCCUGUUCAUGUCUUGAAACCGUCGCCAAAAAGAGAAAGUUGCGGGACCCCACAGAGGACACCCGUCACGUCCACUUUGCCGAGGUGCUGGUGACAGACAUUCCCUCCCUGCCAUACUAUGAGGCACAGAACGUGUCCCUCCCCAGGUGGAUCGUGGCCAUGAAGAAGAAGAGCAGGAGGAGAAAUAGCAGAUUACUCCAAGAUGCUUUUCAUGAUUUCGAACAUGGUUAAGAACGGCGCCAUAAGACAUUAAUUCUGCUGCUUCUGUGGGCCACGUAAUUUUUCUCUUUGUGAAGCACAGAACGAUAUCAACUGUUACAAAUCUGAAGUACAUAUCAGAAGCUGAAGUAACCAAUGCUUGCGUGAUUAGAUGUUUUCAUCUACCACAUACAGGACUAAGUUGAAAUACAGCACUGCACAAGACUCUCGGAAAGUUUAAAGCUAUUUAUCUGGGUAAAAACUAUAUAUUUGUUCAGAACAGAAAUAGAAUUUAACAUAAGAGCUUGCGAAAAUCAAGAGUAACACAGAAACUAACAGGAAUUUCUUCUGUUCGCCAGAAAGUUACUUAUUGGAUGACUAGAAGAUUUCUUGUUGAUGUAUUGUUGGGUGGCUACAAAAAUUAUCUUUCAGUUCCUAAAACCUUCCACAGGGGCAAACCAGCCAUUCCUUGUAUUUCUUUUUAAUUUCUCCCAGCCCAUUUAGGGACUGGGAGAACAAGAGAUGAUCCAGGGAACGGCGGUUCGACAUGGGGGAAACUUUAUUUCAAACAGAAUGUGCAAGAAAGGACCAUGUGGGGUCAAAACCAUGGUCAGAAGGGCAGAGAUACAUAAAGGACCAGGGCUAUUCCGAACACAUGGUUAGGUAGGGUAAACAGGAACAAAGAGACACUAAUGACGAAAACAAGUACAUCACAAGCAUAACCUAAUACAGCACUCACGUCUACAGUGGCUGACAAAGGAACAGGGCGGGGAUCGGCACACAUAUACUCUGCUAACGAUGGCUAAAUGAGGGACAGGUGAUUAAAGUGAACUAUUGUAAUAACCCACACAAGACAAGGAAGGAAAUGGGAUGGCCAGCGACAUCUGCUGGCCAAAGCAGAACAUGACAGACAUGGAAAGAACAGAUCCUGACAGAUUUGCUGCAAAUACUAGGGUGACUUUUGGAGACAUUUUAAGACCAUUUAAACAUUUUCUUUUGCAGAAUACUGUAGGUAUAUUAUUUAAAAAGUUACACCCAAUAACCACUUUAUUAGUUAUACCUAGCUAGUACCUGGUACGACUCACUUUUGCCUCCAAAAAUAAAAGGUGUUCACGAAAGGUAAAAAAAAAAAUAUAUAUGGUAAUUUUAUUGCACUUAAACUCUAGACACUGUAUUUUGUGUUAAAAUCUCAGGAGGAUUUGGUCCUUGGGGACCCACAGACAGUUCAUGUGUUUGCCCCCUCCCAGCUCCUGGUAGGGGAGGGAGAAAAAAAAUGGACUGGUAGGGAACUCAGAGGGAGCAAAAACAUGGACCGACUGUGGGCCCCCGAGGACCAGAGAUGGGAAACACCAUCUUAAAAAAUUCGAGGUGUUUCAAGUGCAGGUGGGGGGUGGGGGGCAUUUGUAUGCUUUGGCCCUACCAUGAUUAAGGUGCUGGAUGCAAAUAAAUUAACUAAGUUUCUCCGUGAGGUUAUGAGUUUACAUCCCCUUCUGUUGGCUCACGGACGAGACCUGCGGAAGUUUCAAAAUAUUACAAGUGGCAUGACAAUUCGGUCGACAUGCAGCGCAUUAAGUUUCAGUUGUUUGUCUGCUAACAGUGUUUCUGUUGCUAAAAAUUCUUUUUAUAUUUGGAAAUGAAAGGGAAAAAAAAGCUGUGAUACAGAGUGUGGUGUGUGAGCGAGCUGGUGAGGCUGCUGUGUAUUGUCA